AUGGAUAACGAUACGAAGGAUGAUAGCAACGUUAAUAAUUUCCUAUCCCAGCUGAAUACCCUAAACAAGCUAAUAAGUUCCUUCAAGGAGACCUGCAAGAUAUCGUCCUACUGCUUCGAUAAAUGCGUGAGCUACCCGGAAAAAAGCCUGAGCAACACGAACAAAAGGUGCAUCUGGAAUUGCACACAGAGAUACGUAGAGUGUGACUACUUCAUAAAAAAUAGAUCGAAGGAUAACACGGAGCUGUCAAAUUUGAAUCUACUGGAGGGGGUUAGGAACUCCAUGAUGUUGAGGAAAGCGAACGAGAAGUCGAGCUAA